CAAUCAAAAUCCAAUUAACUGCACUGCUCCAAAUAAUUCCAAAAAUAAUUUUACUAUAAAAUAUGGCAUCUAUUGUAAAUAAAUGCUAUUCAAAUCAUUCUAAAUUAAAUGGAUACUUAAAAAAGAAACCAAUUCAUAAAGAUUUCUACAUAGAAGAAUCUUACGAAAAAAUGCCAUUUAGUACAUCAAUAAUGGCAACUUUGGGAUUUUAUUUUUUGAUAUUUAUUGGACUGAUAAAUCAUUUAAUUUUUACUCCAAAAGUAGCUACUGAGAAAAAACGAAAGGGAUAUCCUCCAUUGUAUGAUACAUUUGAUAACAUAUUUUUAAGAUAUGUAUUUCGUCGAGUAAAAGAUUGCUUUAAUUCAGUAGUUAGUAGUGUACCAAGCGCAAAAAUUGAAAUCCGCACUAGAAUAACAGAAGAUAAUAACUGGUCAUUCAAGCUUCUGGACACAAAAUCUACCUUUUUAAACUUAGGUUCAUAUAAUUAUUUAGGUUUUGCUCAAAGUGAUGGUCCAAUUGCUGAUGAUACUAUAAAUAUAAUAAAAAAAUAUGGUUGGGCAAUUGGGAGUCCACGUCAAGAACUAGGCACCAACCAUCUUCACUUUGAACUUGAAAAACUAACUGCUGAAUUUUUAGGUGUUGAUGAUGCUAUAGUAUUUGGUAUGGGAUUUGCUACGAAUGCUCUCAAUUUACCUGCCAUCAUAAAUUCUAAUUGCUUAGUGCUUAGUGAUGAAUAUAAUCAUUCAUCUGUUAUCUCGGGGAUAAAACUAUCAGGAGCUACAUCUUUAGUUUAUAAACAUAAUGAUAUUUUAGAUUUAGAAGAACUUGUACGACAAAAUAUUGUUUCUGGCCAUCCAAAAACAAAAAAACCUUGGGAAAAAAUAUUUAUUAUAACCGAAGGCAUUUUUAGUAUGGAAGGGUCAAUUGUAAAUCUUCCAGAUAUAAUUGCUAUUAAAAAAAAAUACAAAGUAUAUUUAUACAUUGAUGAGGCUCAUAGUAUAGGUGCGUUAGGAUCAAAUGGACGUGGUGUACUAGACUAUUAUAACUGUUGCCCAAAAGAUGUCGAUUUAUUAAUGGGCACUUUUACUAAAUCUUUUGGUUCAGGUGGAGGGUAUAUAGCUGGCAGUAAAGAUUUAAUUGAUUAUUUAAAAGCAAAUAGUUAUGCUUCCUGUUAUGCUUCUACAAUGGCACCAUCUGUGACCCAAACAGUCAUAACAUCGAUGUCCAUGAUAAUGGGUAAAAAAUAUGGUGGAGAAGGAAGAAAACGAAUUAAUCAACUUGCGAGUAAUGUGAAAUACUUCAGACAAAAACUUAAGGCUUUAGGUUGUAUAGUAUAUGGUAAUAAAGAUUCCCCAGUAAUUCCUAUGUUGGUAUAUUCCAUAGCCAAAGUCGGGUCUACAGUUCGAGAGUUCUAUAAAUUUAAUAUCGCUACUGUAGGAGUUGGGUUCCCCGCUACUCCAUUGAUUGAAAGUAGAAUUCGUUUUUGUAUGUCAGCUGCUUUGACUAAAGAACAACUUGAUGAAGUACUUGAAGCUACAGAAAAAAUUGUGAAUAAAUUUGGUUUGCGUUAUUCAAAAAAACCUAUUUCAAAUGAAGAAAUAGUUUAUGAAACACCAUACUAGCUGUAUGUCUUAAUAAAAUUAGAGCUAUUUACAUUAGCCUAUACUUAUUUUUUACUGUGAAAAAGAUACUGGUUUCACAAACCUAACCAUGAAGAUAUUUUUUUGUAAAUAUUCAUUAUUUACAUAUUAAUAAAGACUUAUAAUAAAUGUUA